AAGGAUGGUGUUCCGGGGGAAACUAUUUAGGGCCAAAGGAAUAUGUCCAGGUUGACCUUUGCUCCACCAAGAUUGUCACAAAAGUUGCAACUCAAGGAAGGGCGAACCACGAUAACUGGAUGAAAAAGUAUAGUUUGUCUUUUAGUCAAGAUGGUGCUGUGUGGAGCCAGUACAAUGGGGGAGGUGCUGCAAAAAUGGUAUUCAAUGGUAACGAAGAUCGCCAUACAGUUGUAACACAUGCCCUUCCUGUGCCAAUCAAGGCGAGAUAUAUCAGGGUAGUACCAGAGUUAAACCACGGUUGGACCGCAAUGAGAUUUGAACUCUACGGUUUGAAAAAUGAGAUAUCACCGACAUUUGUUAAAACCGGGAAUUCCAUACAGUUUACAGUGUUGAUCGGUUUAGCCAUUAUGUUAGGAACAGUUGAAWUUGUUACAACGAUAGCGUUAUCUAUCCUGGUUUUGUGCAGCUUGGUUGGAAAUACUCUCGUAGUUCUGGUUGUCAUUCGUAACCGAGCUUUGAGAAAACCCAUCAACCUUCUNCUUUGCUCCACCAAGAUUGUCACAAAAGUUGCAACUCAAGGAAGGGCGAACCAAGAUAACUGGAUGAAAAAGUAUAGUUUGUCUUUUAGUCAAGAUGGUGCUGUGUGGAGCCAGUACAAUGGAGGAGGUGCUGCCAAAAUGGUAUUCAAUGGUAACGAAGAUCGCAACACAGUUGUAACACAUACCCUUCCUGUGCCAAUCAAGGCGAGAUAUAUCAGGGUAGUACCAGAGUUAAAYAGAGGUUGGACCGCAAUGAGAUUUGARCUCUACGGUUGCUAAAAAAAGAGAGAGAUGCUGCGGAAGAAGUUACCUUAAGGACAGUAAACCCAAUUGACCUUUGAACUKUUUACGUCACUACUUSACUUUCAAUGCAUUGUGGGUUCAGUUCGUA